AUGGCGGACACGGGAAGGACGUUGGGAGAGGAGUUCGAUGUGAUGCUUUCCGGUGGUUCUGGCAAGUGGCGACUCGGUGCCUUCACGUUCAAAGAACACAACGGCCUGCGGAUCGCGGCGAUCCACAGCACGGGAGCGCUGUCCGAUUGGAACAAAGCCCAUCCCGACAAGCAGGUGAAAGCCGGCGAUCUACUUGUGGAGGCUCUCCUACUAUGUGUGGUUUUUCUUGAAAAUAUACGUAAUUGCCAGGGCCAGGGUGCACAGCUCCUACGAUGA